GAAAACACGGACAUAUACAACCAACAGCAAAAGCAAAGCAAAGCAAAAAUGAGCAAUUCUCUAAAGUCCUCCUCCUCCUCACCCUUCGAACCUGGAGUUUUCCUCCCUGGCGGCCACAACACCGACCCUCCCCUCCCGCAAGACAGCCCCACGACAGGCUACCAACUGAACCAUUCCAUGCUCCGCAUCCGCGAUCCACAGCGCUCGCUCCAUUUCUACAUCACGCUCAUGGGCAUGCGGACCGUUUUCACCAUGAACACCGGCCCCUUCACGAUCUACUAUCUGGGCUACCCGUCCAGCGCAGAGGACCGCGCCGACCUCCCCAGGUGGUCUGCGAGAGUGGGAAACCCCCGCGUGCUCACGCAGACCCUGGGUCUGUUGGAGCUCUACCAUAUCCACGGGACGGAGAAGCCCCUCGCAGAGGGCGGGUACGAGGUAUGCAACGGGAAUGUGCCGCCGCAUCUAGGGUUUGGGCAUCUGGGCUUCACGGUCCCGGAUGUGCCGGCGGCAGUGAACAGGCUACGGGAUGCAGGCGUGCCCAUCUUGAAGGAUCUCCAGGUUAGUUCUAGGGCGAGCGUGCCGCUCAGUUCGUGGGAGGAGGAGCGGGGUGUUGGGUUGGGGGAGAUCCAUCCGAAUUAUACGGCUUUGUUUGACCAGAUUGCAUAUGUGACUGAUCCGGUGAGUAUUACUACUAGGACUACUGUUGUUGGUCUUGUGGUUUGUGACUUGGUUUGUUCGGUUCUGCUAAUAAUCCCGUCCAGGAUGGGUACACGGUUGAACUGGUUCCUCAGAAUAUGCAAUCAUAGUCAUGAGCUUCGACAAGGUAUUUGGACAGGACCUCCAGUAGUAUUUCGGAUUCAGAUAUCAUUUUAUUUUUGUAAACGGCGGACCUGUGAUUUAGGCAGAACCCCCUCUGCCGUUCACCAGUGAGUUACUAUACAUAUAUAUAUUAGAUGUGUUCCGGGUAAAGAAGUUUGAACCUAGAAUUGUGUUGGCAUUGGGCUCCGCGCCCCCCCCCUGGGCGAAGAAGCAUAUUCGCAACCGAGACACCGAGCUGUUCUGCCUCUUCGUCGCACUGGACAGCGGCCACAUCCUCCGCAACAACCUCCGACGUUCCUUCGAUGUUAAGAACCGUGGCUCGCAAGCUAAGAGUGGCCGCAGCCGGGCGCUACCUGCGUCUUCUUCUUCUUCUUCUUCUUCCCCCCAGGGCAGGGGCUCCAGAGAAGACCACACGCCAACCGGGGACGAGCAUCCGCCCUGGAGGCUUCGAAGCAUCGCUCUCUCUGCCAUGCCGCGCCAUCUCGAGGAUAUCUGG